AUGCCCGGUGCCCCUCCGGUUGCGACGGGGAUCGACACGACGGCGUGGGGAGUGAAAUUCAACCACCAUCAAGCCCACUCUCCUCCCCCUCCGUUGCCCCCUCGUCCUCCUAUCGUAACAGACCAUGUCCCGGCGCGCAUCCAGUCUCCUCCGCGAGUCGGUUCUCCGGCGUCGAACAAACCAUUGCCAUCCGUCCCGCCAUAUGGAGGCCAAAUAGCGCCUGAGCAGUAUAGCUAUGGCCCUCCGCAAACUGUCGGCCCUGUUCCCCCACCACCGCCCCCGGUUCCUCCUGGUUACCAGAGCCAGUUACAGCAGCAGGCGCAUCCACCUGCACCUGUCGCAUCAGAUCAUAGUGGCCCCGUUAACUAUACAACAUCUUCACCAUUGGAACAUCCUCUACCUCAACCGUCGUUAGCUGUUGCAACAGAUUUUAAACCAUCUCCUAGCACUGGCAAUGGCCCUCCACCAGUACCGCCAAAGACUAGCUCUAAUGUAUUCACUACAAGCUCUAGCAUGGGACCUUUCAGUCCGUCGGACUGGGAACAUCUGGGUCCAGCUCCAGGAUACAUCGAUGACACAGAAGUCUUCUCGUCCAAGAAAACAACACCGGCACCUCCGGCCGAGCCAUCGCAAAGUCAUGCGACAUUUAUGCAUAGCCCCGCAUCAAACCCUUACAUCCCAACUUCUAUCCCGCCUCAGAGCGUCUCACCUGCGUUACAGGUCUCGCAUGUCGGUGAUCAGGUCGGAAUGCAGAAGCCAUCUACUGAGUCGCCGAUCAGCACAAGCUCUACGCAGGAGCUACCACAUCCAUCUGGUCCGUCCCGAGUCAAUACCGCCGAAACAACGCAGAGCUCUGCAACUGGGACCACCGAGAAGAUCGAUGGGCUCAUUGAGGCCUGGACUCGACCAAUCUCUCCGGAUGCCAGGAAAUCUGCGAACAGCAGCCGUCGGAGCUCCCUUUCCAGGCCAGCAGAUAGAACCAUACAACGUAAACCUAGUCCAAUUGGCAACCCGACGUCAAGGUCAGGAAGUACACCCCCUGCAAAGGAUGGGCAACAACUGUCUACACCUGACAGCUCAACGGCAAACACAGGAGGCGCCACUCGUCUAACUGUGGUCGAUCCAUACGAGGACUUGGAUCCUUGGUUCAAGUCUUCUUUGACCCGUUAUGUCGCCAUGUUGCGCAAGGAAGCGGUUGCUGACUCCGACGAGGAGAGGUAUAAAAUUUUCACAGCGUUCACAGCCAAGGAGACGAAACUACGGGAGAUCCUUUACGGUGUUGAACAUGAACCUAAGAGUCCCAAGGGUGAAGACGUAAAUCCACACCAGUCAACCCCAAGCCCACAACAAUCAGCGGAGAAGGAGAAGGGGAAUCAACCGAUGCCACAGUCCUCAGUACCAAUAGAAUCUGGUCUAAUCCCGGUAGAAUCAGAGCAAGAUGUCCUUGAAUCUACGUACACCGCCGAAGAUUUCGAGGAUGGAGAAUACAGUCCCGGUGGGCGGCCAAUUAUUCCCAGGCUUUACACUCCCAAUAAUCUGGAGAGACCAGCUACACAACCACCUGGCCAUCCGGCUUCGAGGCUCACAGAUACGGGAAGUCAUCAUGGCGGCCAUGAUCAGUUCUCGCGGUCAUCCUCAGUACCACCUUCGAUGAACAGUGAAAUACAUCCGCAAACGUUUGCGCCUCUGACGACAAAUCCUCCGCAGCCAAUCUAUACGCCAUUCCGCUAUAUUGAAGGACCUCAGCGAGGCUCAGAUGAUCUUGCGCUUGAUAAACCGGCUUAUCAAGCAUAUUCUGAUUUGCGACAAGCCUCUGCUGAGAGCGGACGUGUGAUGGCAAAUGCGUCGGAUUCCGAUACAAAAACAGGCGCCAAUACUAGAGUUUCCUCCCCAGCCCAUAACGAGCACAGUGAAACGUUUAUCGGGCUCAUUCGUGAGAAAAGUGUCACCUAUAAGAAGAGGAGACCUCACAGAGCAUCAUCACCUCCGCCAUUGCCACCGUCUCUCCGGCAAGGUAGACCUGACCCUGUUAAUGACCUGCGUUCAAUGGUUUCAUCCCCCCUAGCCAAGCAAUCAGAGAGCUCGUGGCAUAUUACUACCAAGAAAAGUCUGGAGCAGUACUCCGACGACUUUGCUUAUAUCCAAGAAGCGUUUAGUACGUGGGAGGCGACUUCUAAGACUCGACGGCAGAACCUUGAUAAGGAACGUAUGCAGCGUCAAGAGAAAUCUGAAGCACACGUCGACUCUCUUUUCAAUGGCAAGGAGAUCGGAUAUGCCGAUAUCAACGUUCUCGAGGAAGAAUUCAGACAAGCAGAAGCUCGAGUGCAGCUUGAUGAAGAGAGACAAGAACUCGACGAUUUCAUUAAAAAUGUUUUCAAUCCAUUGGACGAACGUCUGGGUCGGGAAAUCAGUGCCCUUCUGAAUCACUACGAGUCUGCGCUCAGUCAGCUCAGUCAAGAAAACAGCAAGAUCAAGGAUUCGGGAGACAGGCACAACCUGUCACAUACAAUGAACAUAGUGAACGACAUCUACCGGAAUCUCGAAAUGCGUUACCAGAAACGCCUCAACACUGCUUUUGACCGAGAGCGGCGCCGAAAGAAGGCCGAGCGGAGACCGCUCGUCUUCAUGGGUGACUCCGCGGCCCUCAGGAAGCUGGAUAAUGAGUUUGACCAGAUGGAAAAGCGAAACAUCUUUGAAGCGGCUAAGGAUCGCGAUGAGAGAGCUAACCGACUCAUGGAUGCUUUCGACGAUGCUAUUAUGCAUGGUCUAGGUGAAAACCAAAGUCUCCUCGAUGAUGUGUCAACGAAGGUGAAGAAGGUUGACGCUUCGCAUCUUCAGUUGACUAGCUUGUCAGAGUCUGAAGUAGAGCAGAUUCUGAAAUCCGUCUCGACUAUGGUAGACACCCUUCGACGAGAUUCUGAAUCCAUCCUGCAUAACUUUGGCAUCGCCGAUUCCACCCUCAACAAUGCCGACUACCGUCUUUCCGUGGCCGAGGCACGUUAUACCAACGCGGACCAUGAUGUUUUCCGUCGUCUUAAUGCCGAGAAGCAGAAAGAAGAUGCGAAGAUCCAGAAAGACCUCGAGUCGAAAUUAAAGAGUGUUCAAGAUGGGCCUGUUGAGGUCACUCAGAAGAUCAACGAGCUACUUAAGGCUUUAGGGAAAGACCUAGUGACUGAGCCAGAAAGGCCAUCUGAUGCGCAAACAUCUUCUAGUCAUCCUGUCGAUAGCUUGAUGCCAGGACCCCGUCCUGCUACUGCUGGUCCACUAUCCAAUGAAGACUCGGAACAUCAGCAGCGGAUCCGGAGGGCCUUGGAAGCAGCAAAGAAGAGAAAUGCUGCCAAAGCGCAUGGUACUAUGGCAUUGCAGUAA